GUUUACUUUGCGGUUAUCGAAAAUUUGCAAGAAAUUAAAUGCAAUUGAGUACGUUAUUUCUAUGAACUCGUUUACGAGGAGCUCGUUUAUUAAAAAACAACCGUGAAGUACGGACCUUGCGCGAAGAGUUCCAGUUUUGUGAAACGGAUCAUCCUCCUGCCCUGCAACAAACCCUUAUGCACCUCUUCGACAAGGGAUAGGGUUGGAUUGUAGCGUUUUAUGUGUGUCAGUAGACGUAUUUCGGAUUCAGAAAAAAAAUCUCUAAGCUCCCGAACAUGGCUGCACUCGUAAAAUUGCAUAUUUUUAUUUGCGUUGCUGGUAAUAACGAAAUGAUUGCAUUAUAGACUAUUACUUAUGUAUAAUAUUUAGAAACAAUAAACGAGUGAAAUAUGAAGAUAACCACAACAAAAAUGACUACCCCAAUAGAAGAAAAAGUGGAUCAGAAGCUUAAAGUUAGGACGGGAAUGGUAACAGUUAGUGAUGGAAAGAGCAGACCUAUCCUCGUUAAACUACAGCUUUCCAUGGAAGUUUUACGCUUACUGAAAGAGGAACCCAUUCCUCCUGAAUCCAAAGCAAUUAAUACUAAGGAAAGAAUGGUUCAAAUAAGGAGGCAGAAAGUAGGUGGCUUGGGUUUGAGCAUCAAAGGUGGAGCUGAACACAAACUGCCAAUUUUAAUAUCUAGAAUUUACAAAGAUCAAGCAGCCGAUCAGACCGGAGAGCUUUUCGUGGGGGAUGCUAUUAUAAAAGUGAACGGUGAAUACAUUACGGCUUGUCCCCACGACGAUGCUGUUAAUAUACUGCGCAAUGCGGGAGAUUUAGUGGUUUUAACGGUUAAACACUACAAAGCAGCCACGCCAUUUUUACAAAAACAGGAAGAAAAGGACAACGAGGCGGAAAAAGAAUGUAAUGGUGAGGAGAAAGGCGCCUCAGACGAGAGUUUGAAAGUAUCGAAUUGCACGAUGAGCAGGCCCAGUUCCAUUUGUUCUGAAUUAGAACAGGAAGCAGCGCAAACUCACUGGGUGGACUUCGUGACUGUGCCACUUAUGAUGGCUUAUGUGACUAGAUACAUAUUCGGUACAGACAAGCUGAGGCCUAACGCCUUCGAAGUCAGAGGUCUGAAUGGCAUCAGCACCGGGAUUAUUCAUUGCGACGAUUCGGGUAUUUUAUCGCAGUGGCUGAAAUAUAUUACUGAUAAUAUUAUUGGACUGACAAAUUUGCAGAUGAAACUGUAUAAUCGAAAUUUUAGUGUAUCUGAUAGGAUUGAAUAUAUGGGUUGGGUUAAUGAAGGUGUUAUAAAUAAUAACCAUCCUUGGCAAAAUUACAAACCUAGAUUUUUUGCUCUUAAAGGUACUGAUCUUAUGCUGUUCGAUACGCCACCUUUAAAUGUUGCUGACUGGGGAAAGUGUCCUUUAAUGUUCAAGGUUUAUCAGACUAUGUUUAGGGUUAUAAAAGAGUCCGAAAAUGUCGACGAAAGACAGCAUUGUUUUCUGGUGCAGACAUCAGGUCAGGAUUCCAGAUAUUUUUCAGUGGAAACCAGACAAGAGUUACUGAAAAUUGAAAAUGCUUGGCAUUGCUCCGUCUGUACAGCUGUUAUGAAAUUAGGUAAUAAAACUUUUACUGUAAGCAGUAAUGGAAAGACUGCUGGACUGACAUUGGAUUGGAACAUGGGCUUUUCCUUGCAUGAAGGCGAUUCAAAAACUCCAGUUUGGCAAUACAAGUUUUCCCAAUUAAGAGGUUCGUCUGAUGAUGGAAAAUCUAAGCUAAAGUUACACUUUCAAGAUGUAGAGUCGAGAGCUAUUGAAACCAAGGAGUUGGAAUGUUCCAUUUUGCAGAGCUUAUUAUUCUGCAUGCAUGCAUUUUUAACAGCGAAGGUAGCUUCUGUAGACCCUGGAUUUUUAUGUUCUGUGAUUCCUUAGAAUUAAUGACGAAGAGAACUGAUUUAUUAAGAAAAUAACGUUUCCAAAACGUUUCUUUAGAAGAGAAGUUUUUCCUAACGUGGCAUUAGUAAAAAAUCAUUAAAUUAAAAUUAUUUAUUUGUUACACGCUGUUCAUAUAUUUUUUAUAGUCCUAAUUAUAAUAAUGUUCCUUGUAUAUGUAGAUAAAAAAUUAUUUAUUACUUCUGUAUUUCUAGAAAAUACUUAAUUGUUUAACAUUUUUCAUGAGAUAUUUUUUAGUACCUUUUUGUACUAGGGAAACGUUAAUAUUGCGAAUUCCAAUUAAACAAAUUAGACCACAACUUUUAGAAUAAUAAUGAAAGAAAUACGUUUUUAGCCCUUAAGUGAUGUAUAGAAAUGUAAUAAUAUCAUAGUUAAUAACUAAUGGAAAGAACAGAACAUUAUGUUCUUUAUAAUAGGGUUUAAUUUGUUUAAAACGAAUAAUUACUAACUUACAAUGUAAUGUCUUACAGUUUAAUUGUAUGUUACAUGUUUCAUGAGUGAAAUAUCGCUUUGUGCAUUAAUCCACAAGUCUGGAAAACUUAUUUUCAGCACGUGUAAUGUUUGCUCGUUUUUCCUACGAUCCUAUGAUUACUUAUAUGUCAAGAAUGGAAAUAUUUACCUUAACGCUCUGGGACUCUGUUUAAAGAUAUUACAUGAUCGUAAGAAAAAUUUAUCUAACAUAAAACUUUGUAAUUUUGUAUACCUCAUCGAUAUCGAGUGUAGCAUUUUAAAACUAUAUGGAGUAGAGAAUUUGUUUUUCCAUUAAGAAGAACAAAAUCAAACAACUUCCAUUAAUGUAAACUAAAAAAAAACGUUUAAGUGUUUUGUAUGAGAUACAAAGUUAGCGAAAAUUAUACAAUAUAGUCUGAAUAUCAGCACCAGUACGAAAAAACUAGAGUGAAAGUAAUAGUCAAUGUGUAGGUUAAUAUUUAAGAGUGCCCUGCUGUUUUUGGCUCAAACGUUUUAUUUGUGUUUUACCAGGUUAUUUGAGAUUAAGUAGUGGAUUUUCUCGUAUAUUCGAUUGAUUUUUAAGAAGUGUCCAGCAAAAGGCGAUGAAUUUUUAUUGCUCCCUUAAAUUUUUUUAAUGUUGAAAUUGUCUUUACAAUUGCCAUUGUUCGUGAGAAAAUCCACAUACUGCGGUAAUACGCUUUAUAUUACAUAUCAUUCACAUACAGCUUACAGAAAAAUAAGUAUUAAAACGAUUUUGAAUUACCAAAGAGUGAUUGUUAAUGUGCUGUACGUAAUUUUAUCAAUUAGUAAGUUUAUUAAUCUGUGAGCUGAGAAAAAUCUAAUAGCUUGAAUACGUGUCUUUUGCUAUUUUGAAUGGACCUUCUACGCAUCUACAAAAUAGUGUCAGGUGUGUUACUGCAAAUAUUUUAAUGUCGAUCUUAUUAAAAUGAUUUUUAUUGAACCCGUAAUGAUGACGAGUUACU